ACCACAGUCCACGCCUGGAGGCCGGGGCCGGGUCUCUGACAGCCUUUGCCCCGAAGCCCGUGUCGACUCGCCGCGGAGCCUGGUAGUGGCUGUGGGGAAGGCCUCGGCACCAUGGAUCCGUUUCUGUCUCUGCUGCACUCUUUCUCCUCGAGCUUGGCGGAUAAGGAGCUUUCUUCCAUGAAGUUUCUCUGCCAGGAUAAAAUCGGGAAAAGGAAGCUUGAGUCUGUCCAAAGUGGUGUGGAGCUCUUCACCAUCCUUCUCGAGCAGCAGGACAUAACGAGAGACAACGUAGCGUUUCUUGAAGAAAUGCUUACGAACAUUAGAAGAGAAGAUUUGCUCUCAAAGCUAAAGCAGUUCGUAGGUGAAGGAGAAGUUAAGGCUCCUGCAGAUCAACCAGAUCCACAUGAAAAACGUCUCCAGAGGGUAGCUAUGGAGGUCAUAUGUGAUAACGUUGGGAGAAACUGGAGAAUGCUGAUGCGGAAACUGGAGUUUUGUGAUGUGAAAAUGGAAAGAAUAGUGGAAGCCAACCCGCGGGACCAGCGGGAGCAGCUGUUUCAGUCUCUGCGGGAGUGGCAGAGGUGGAGGGGAAGAGAUGCCAAGGUGGCUGACUUGAUAGCAGCUCUUCGGCGCUGCAGUAUGAAUUUGGUGGCAGACAUAGUUGAACAAGAGCUUUCACUACUGGACAAUGGACCCAGGUGAAAUCGAUGCAAAACCACUUCCAGGUCUGAGAUAUGGAUGCAAAAAGUAAACCAGUGCCUUUGGCUGUUUUCAAGCAAAAUGCCAUUGCUGUUAGUAAUUCUGCCCUUAACUGAUGUGCUUUAAUAGGUUGAUCUGUGGUCAGAUGAAGAUUAACAUAAAGCCAAAUUCCUUUCAGGUAAUGCCUUGUACUUUGGUGCUUCCUUUAAGAGACUUAAUUUUUUUUGAAGACUUGAACAGCAUUUUGUAGGAAUUCUUA